AUGACGGUUAGUCAUUUGACAGUCAUGACCCUGGAAUGCGCCUCGUUGUCCAUGACUAGCUCUCCGGCUGUGGCAAAGGACACGAUCAGAGAACCCAACGCUCUCUGCCGAUCCAUCUCCUCCAAGGACCUGUGCCGACGAACCAGAAUGAGAAGGUCAUAUUCUGACAACCACAUUCAUGCCUCAGCAGCACGGCCAAAGCUCAGAAACAGCCGCUCCAUUGGAAUAUUCAAUUUCCAAUUCUCAAGCUCAAUCAUCCCAAAUUCACUUCCUUCGUUUCUAGUUGAUCCAGAGAUGAGCAAGGAGAUGAAGACGAAUGAGAGCAAGGAGAUGGAUGUGAGGUUGGAGAAUUCACUGGAGGGCAGGAAGAGAGCGAAUUGGAUCGAGAGGCUGUUGGAGAUUCGAAGCCAAUAUUGGAGAGAAAGGCAACAAAAGCACAGCAUAGAUGACGACAGAGAGCCUGAUCAGGAUUGCGGCGAAGACAGAGAUGAGGGUGGUUGUGAAGUAGAUUAUGACGACGAAGAGGAUGAAAGCAAGAUGAGUAUUGAUUGUGAAUCGUUCUCGCGGUUGUUGGUUCGCGUCUCCAGGCCUGAUGCCAAGGUUUUCUCUCGGCUGGCCGCCCUAUGCAACAAGGCUUAUGCGAUACCGCAGAUAAAGGCCAUGGAUUUAAGAAGAUCUCACAGCCUAAUCCUUGUAACAUCGUCCUUGGAGAAGAAAGCAAAGGCAGCUAUCUUGAAAGAGAAAUUUGAUCAGGAUUCCACUACUUGUGCACCCGUGGCUUCCUCUGAUGCCACCAAUGAAUUGGAUCACAAGAAGGCUGCAGAAUCUGAGGAAAAGCAUAUGAACCCUGCAGCUGCAUAUGAGAUUGCUGCUUCUGCGGCAUGCUUUGUCCAUUCUCGCGCCAAGGACCCUUUAUCGGAAGAAAGCUCUACCCCUCGAGUAUAUGAAUCGGAAGUGGCCGCUCAAGUGGCAGAAUCAACAAUUACUGUAGUGGUUGCUGCAGGCGAGAAAGAGAAGCAGAAGGCAGCUAAGGACCUUCAAUCACUGCAUUCUUCUCCCUGUGAAUGGUUCGUUUGUGAUGAUCCAAGCACGUACACUCGGUGUUUUAUCAUCCAGGGAUCGGAUUCUUUAUCAUCAUGGCAGGCGAACCUCUUCUUCGAACCUACUAAAUUUGAGGGGACGGAAGUGCUUGUUCAUAGAGGAAUUUAUGAAGCUGCAAAGGGAAUAUAUGAACAGUUCAUGCCGGAGAUUAUGGAGCAUAUGAAUCGACACGGGGAGCGUGCAAAGCUUCAGUUCGCCGGCCAUUCCCUUGGGGGCAGUCUCUCACUCUUAGUCAGCUUGAUGCUCUUAACAAGGGAAGUUGUUAAGCCCUCUGCUCUCCGACCGGUUGUCACCUUCGGUUCACCAUAUGUGUUCUGUGGAGGUGAAAAGAUCCUUGAUGAGUUGGGGUUGGAUGAGGACCAUGUUCACUGUGUGAUGAUGCAUAGAGAUAUCGUCCCCAGAGCAUUCGCCUGCAACUACCCCGAUCGCUUCGCACAGCUCCUGAAACGCCUCACUGCCAAGUUUAGAUCCCACCCAUGCCUGAACAGGAAGAAACUGUUGUACUCUCCUAUGGGUAAACUGUUCAUUCUACAGCCUGAUGAGGACUCUUCUCCACCUCACCCUAUGCUUCCUCCCGGAAGCGCCUUCUACAUGCUGGAAAAUAGCCGAUGCAGGUUCGCAAAGAGUGCGAUCAGGGCCUUCCUUAAUGCUCCCCACCCUUUAAAAACUCUAAGCCACCCUACAGCCUACGGUUCAGAGGGCACAAUAAGAAGAGACCAUGACUCAAAAAACUACCUAAAGGCUGUGACUAGCGUCCUAAGGCAAUGCCCAAAUGGGAUUGCAGUCAGGAAGCCAACCCAAGAAAGAAGCUACUUGUUGCCAAUCUUGACGUCGCAAUCGCCACAUGCAUGGAGCCAUAAACAUAAUCUCGAAGAUCCCAGGCUGGAGGUGGUGACCGGCGCCUGA